UUUUGUACAUGACAGCUCAAUAUACCAUGCAACUAUUCAAUUUGGCAGCAGAGUGGUUGCAUUCCAAGUUCAUUUUGAGAUCAUAUGAGGUGGAUAGAAGAGAUAAGGUUGACCACAGGGGAAAAUCAUGGUGGAGCAGAUUAAUGCUGACAUUAAAGUCUAGAUAUGAACGUGAUGCGGAUGCAACAGUAUAUAUCUCGGAAUGUACAAAAUUACUAUUGCAAAAGGAGAUCUCUUUGUGCCAGGAGACUGACGAUUUUGGUUUAACGCCACUACACUGCGCUAUAAACCUCUGUGAUGGUGGAACUGCAACCAUGAUUCUUGAGGGAAACCGCUCUGCAGCGUAUGUUCGCGCGGGCAAUGGUAAUGAAUGGACAACAAUAUUUCACAUUGCAGUUAGGGUGGGCAACAUUAAAAUGAUGAAAAAGAUAUCAGAAAGCUGCCCAGAUUGUUGGGAGAUGACUAAUAGCAAAUUGCAGAAUGUAUUUCAUGAAGCAGUACUGACCAAGAGGGUGAAUGUGAUUAACUAUGUAUUGAGAUCUCCCCACAUCGACAACCUUAUUGAUGAGAAGGACGAGAAUGGCAACACACCACUACACCUGCUUGCCAUUUCUGAUUGCCACCAUAUACAGAGGGCUAUAAAGCGUCAUACACGGAAGCAUUUGGUGUUUAAUAAACACCAACAAACUCCAUUUGAUAUGGCUUUGGAAGAAAGAGAGGGCGAUUUUUUUUUGGAUAUCUUCAGACAAGGCGGAAAACUUGUUCGGAGUGAGAAUAAAGUUGGUCGCCGUGGUGGCCAUCUCACAAGACACCGGAAAGAGAAGAAGAGUGCUGAUGACAACGAAAUUAAUACAAUGUUAAAGUCAAGUAAAACAAACAUCAUCGUGGCUACAUUGAUAUUAACUGUAACCUUUGCAGCUGGUUUUACAGUCCCAGGAGGAUACGACGGCAAUCCUGGCUCAAAACAAGGGAAGCCAAUAUUGUUACGAAAUACAGCUUUUAUUGUAUUUGUUGUGGCAGAUACUGUUGCGUUCAUAUUCUCCAUUUUGUCAAUAUUCCUUUACAUUGUGAUGGCGAAAGUAGCCUUAUCAUCUUCCAGGAAGUACAGAACUAUCUUCAAGCUUCACAAGUUGGAGACGUCCGCAACAUAUUAUGCCACAUUUGGAGUUGUAAUUGCAUUCGUCUCUGGACUGUAUGCCACUUUAGCAUCUUCAAUUGGUGUUGCCAUUGCUGUUAUAGUCAUCAGCCUCGUCAUUCCCGUAUGUGUUGACGUGUCAUUUAGCAUGGAUCAAUUGGUUUAACACACAAAUAGUGAGCUAGCAUAUUUAUACUGGGAGGCAAUACAUAUAAAAAUGUGUAAACUUGUAUUAAACUCCUUAUUGUUUAAUUUACUAUAAUUUGAAUUUGAAAUUUUCUUAUUA